AGGCAAUGGAGGGAUGGUGAGAGCUGGCAGAAACUGAACUAUCCCCACACCAUGGCAAACAGCAACACUGACGUGGGACACGUAUUGGUCAAGGUUCAAGAGGAUCUUCAAGAGCUGAAAGAGAAAAUCACAAACAUUACAAUACAUGGGAAAGCAGCAACAGUGGACAUUCAAACACUUGAAACAGCCAUUCGUAGGACAGAAAUGGGCCUAAAGAGUCAUGCAGCAGAAUACUUGAAUGUAAUCAAUAACCAAGUGUUGACCCUUCCUGCUGUGGAAUACAGAGAUAUGUCAGUUGCACACCCUUUACCUGCUCCUGUUUCACUGAGUAUCAAUAAAAUAAUCAAGAAACCUGUUGUCUACCCAUCUUUGAACAAAAAGCACCAUGGUAUCCAGCUAUGGAAUGCACCUGAACAUAUCUCACCUGGAACACAACACAAGCAUGCCAUGGAUAUGAGGAUUUUGCGUGAUCCCACCAAUCCAAAGAACAGAAAUCUUUUACAUCAGAACUAUGGGAUUCAGCUUCCUCUUAUUAAGAAUGAAAUACCUGAU